CUACGUUUUCUGAAGCAAAGUGUAAUGCAAUUGAUAUUUUUAUGAAAAAAUAACAACGGAGGCAGUUUUAUCUGAUAUACUCCAUUAAACAAAUAAAUCGUGUAAUGUAAAUGUAAUUGCAUUAUGCAAGCCUUAAAUUGAAAAAGAAAAAAAAAAUUCAGAUGAGCAAAACUCGAAAAAACAGUUCUUUAGCUGUAAUUCACGACCAUCGAAGAUGCGAGAAACGCGUGUACCGAAUCUCAUCAGCGAAUUCCAACAGUCUCAUUAUGACUCACUUUGUUAAACUCCAUUCACUCUCUUCUCCACUUCCUCAAAAAGUUUCCAUUUUUCAUUAAAAAUUCCUAAUCUUUUUUCUCUCCUUUUUAUCAUCACACUCUUCAGUCUUGUCUCUGUUUUUACUCGCCUGAGGAGAGGAUACAUGGAAGACGGAGAUUCUAACCAAGAAAAUCCACAGUCUCUCCACACAAACCACGAAGACUCCUCCCCAAAGAAACCAUCUGCAUCCUCCGUCGUCGUCGUCGACAGGCUAAAGCGCGAUGAAUGGAGCGAAGGAGCUGUUUCGAGUUUACUUGAAGCCUACGAGACGAAAUGGGUUAUCAGGAACAGAGCCAAGCUCAAGGGUCAAGACUGGGAAGACGUGGCUAGACACGUGUCCUCACGCGCCAGCCACUCCAAGUCCCCCAAGACUCAGACACAGUGCAAGAACAAGAUCGAGUCCAUGAAGAAACGGUACCGUUCCGAAUCCGCUACCGCCGAUGGAUCCUCUUGGCCUCUUUACCCUCGUCUCGAUCAUCUCCUCCGCGGAAAUGGUUCCGCCUCCGUGCAGCCUCAGCCUCAGCCUCAGCCUCAGGCUGUUAUGCCUUUGAACUGCUCUGUUCCUUUGCUCCUACUCGAGCCGCCGUCGCCGGUUGUGACUCAUCCGCCGCAGCCUGCUCAGAUUUCUUACGGAUCCAACGGCGUCGGCAGGAUUCCCAAGGAAGAUGGAAUCAAGCCGAAGUUAUCGGAGCAGAAACCGGAGAAAGCGGCGGAGAUGGAUACAGACAGCAGCACGCCGGUGAUCUGCAGAGAGAAAGCGAAGGCGAGACCGAAGAAACUGAGGAGAAGAUACAAGGAAGAGAAGGAGGAGAUCGCCGGAAGCAUACGGUGGUUGGCGGAGGUGGUGAUGAGGUCGGAGAGAACGAGAAUGGAGACGAUGAAAGAGAUCGAGAGGAUGAGAGCUGAAGCUGAGGUGAAGAGAGGAGAGAUGGAUCUGAAACGAACGGAGAUUAUGGCCAACACUCAGCUAGAGAUUGCUAAACUCUUUGCGGUUGUAGCUUCUGGACACAACAAAGGUGUUGAUUCUUCACUAAGAAUCGGAAGGAACUGAGUUAUAUAUUACGCGCUCCAGUCUCCUUUGUGUGUGUACAUAAAAGUUUGGUCGACCAAGUGUUUGUCAAAAUUCCUGAGAGAGUAAAAACUCUUCAUCUGCCCAAAUAAUUGUUUACAUUCCCGCCAACAAAAUGUAUGGUUAAUUAUGCUUUAUGGAUCGAAACUGCAGAUGACAUUUACUGUCUCAAAUAUGUGUUCACUCUUCGAAUCUUAAGACACAAAUAUUGUAGAGAAAUGGUUGGUUCAGUUGCA